AUGACUGCGGAUAUUGAUACUAAGUGGAACGCGCGAAGAAGACACGCCAUCCAAUCUGUUUUCCAGACCGAUGUGUCUCAGCCUACACCGUAUUCUACUUCGUCGCUACGGUUCCCUGGCCAGAGCCAGAGUCGGAGUCGGAGUCAGACUUUUGGGGGCCCUUUGACCCAGACGCCCCAGAAAGCCACCGAUUCCCAGUUCCUGCUGACUUCGCCCGAGGAGAAAUCUCACGCCCAGCAGCAGACCCGCUUUGACCGGUCCUGGCACGUGGUUACGUCCCGCAUUGCGCUCCCACCCUCCGUUACCGCCGAGGACUCAUUCGGGGCCCUGCCGAACUCGCAGGAUGCCGACGACGGCGCGUUCCGGGACGCACUCCGUGAUAUCUUAAAUCCGACUGUGCGUCUCCCACUUGCCAAUCGUACCGAGGAUAUUCUCGCUUGGCACACGCAGCAGGUUCGACACCAUUUUGUAAGCCAUGUCCUGCCGUUGUUGUCUGUCUGCGAUGGCUACCCGGACCAGACACAGGUCCUGCUAGGUAGUAUACGAACUUUAGAAGCUGCGAACAGGCAGUAUCUAUUCGGGUUGUCACUAAUUCUUCGGGCUAUGGAAGAAGAGCCUGCAGACCUUGCUCUCAUGAAAUUCCAACGUGAUCUACAUGCGAUAGUUGGAAACUCAAUGUCCAAUGCCAUGAUAAAUGCUCUAAGAUCAACCCUUGGCCAACUAAUGAAGACGCUACUUGGUGUAGGAGCGGUAUCUCGUGCUCCGGGUCGGGGCAGGCAGGUGACUAUAGACCCCGACAAGGUAGAUAAGGCAAGAAAGGAGUUGCACCAGUUAGUAGAAUCGCUAUGCAACGUCGGCUUUGCCGGCGAAAAGUUUCAGAUCCUCUUUGCUGAAAUCCUUGACGGGACGAUGAUCGCCUAUAUUCGAGAGACCUUUGCGGGCGUAUGGGGUCCCAAUGACGGUUUGAAGACGGGAGGACGUCUUCCAGCCCGUAUUAGAAUGCAGCCACAGUGUAUUAAGGAGCUUCUGGACUGGGUUGAGAAUCAAUAUGCGAGAUUGGCCGUGGAAGUCACCAGCCGACUCGGUAGCGGCAUACAAAUCAACUGGUCGGAUGUAGAGAAAUGGAAAGAGAUUGCUGUCGGGCGGCUUGCUGCGCUUCGCAUCGAUGAGCUCUUCGAUAUUGUUAUUAGCUGGCCAGAUAGCGAAGGCGGGAUCGAUGAUCUUCGCUACGCAAUUACAACACCCCAACGACGAUUGCAGCUCACAGACGCAUUCUCAUCUACCCUACAGAGACGCUUACUACACGCCGGACGCUCAACAUUAGAUAUACUCCGAACGUAUAUUGCCAUGAUCCGGACAUUUCACAAACUAGACCAUUCGAGAGUACUUUUGGACCGAGUAGCUUACUCUCUGCAGCUAUAUCUAUGUACUCGGGAAGAUGCGGUCCGCAUCAUCGUUACGGGUCUGCUGGCUAAUAAAGAAGAAGUCAACUCUGAGGCUCGCAAUACGAAACUUGUCGAACUAGUAGAGCUACUACUACAAGAUUCUGACCGAUAUCGCACUGAACGCCAAACCGAAGAAUGGGAUGACUUGGACUGGGCCCCUGCUCCGGUAGAUGCGGGCUCCAAUUACAGGAGACAGAAAUCCGAGGAUGUAAUCGGCACGCUUAUUGGCGCUCUUGGCUCACCGGAAGUGUUUAUCAAAGAAUUCCAAAGCAUAAUAGGCGAGCGGCUGCUAUCUGAGCAGACAGGGUUCAAGCAAGAGGUAGGCGUGCUUGACUUACUCAAAAAGCGCUUCGGAGAGUCCUCGUUACAAGCCUGCGAUGUGAUGAUCAAGGAUAUUCAAGACUCAGCACGACUUGAUGGUGUCAUCCACCGCGAAGCGGUCAACCACCCAAAAAAUAUGAGUCGAGAUUGGACGAUCCAUGCACGGAUCUUAUCGCGGCUUUACUGGCCUGAGGUCGGCGAAGAGCGCUUCGUGUUACCUUCUAGCGUCACGGAAAUGCAGAAAAUGUACGAAACUAUUUUCGAACACGUAAAGCCAUCGCGUAAGAUUAAGUGGCUUAAUCAUAUCGGUCAAGCGACAGUGGAACUGGAGCUCGAAGACCGGUCAAUUUUGGAAAAAGUUCAUACGUACGAAGCAGCCGUCAUCAACGCCUUCAGCGAGGAGAAUUCUUCUAGCUGGACUUUUGACGAUCUAUGGAUGAAGCUUGAGAUGGACGAAGACCUUCUCACGGCAGCACUUAACUUCUGGGAAAAGAAGCAAGUGCUUCGUAGGCUGCCAGAUAAUACAUACGUUGUCAUCGAACGUCUUUCGGAUGCUGAGCAGCCUUCAUCACUCCAGGCGGCACACGUGUCAAACCCUGGUGCUGUUGAUGUAGGACCAGCGACGCCCCGUAAGGCCAAGACCGGGAUGAGCGAGAAGGAGAAGGAAAAGCGGCAAGUCUACUGGCAGUUCAUCACAGGCAUGCUGACGAACUCCAGCCCUGCCAUGCCUCUCGGACAGAUUUCCAUGAUGAUGAAGAUGAUGAUCGCGGAUGGCUUUCCGUGGAGUAACGAGGAGCUGCAAGAAUUCCUCGGGGAGAAAAUAGCAGAGGGCGAGCUCGAAAUUGUGGGGGGUAAAUAUAAGCUCAUCAAAAAAUGA